AUGAUAUUAAAAAUUCUUCGCAAAGAGAAAAUUGCCGGCUCUGACUUUCUUGAAUUAACAAAAGAAAAAUUCCGUAGUAUUGGCGCGCGUUGUGAAUUUAUUUCAGCAAUAUUACACGCAUCAAUUGCCAUAGCCAAAAAACUUACCACCAAAGAUAUAUUUAUAGUUUUGCAGAAAGACGUUUCCGGUGAAGAUGCAACGGGUCGAGUAGAUUACGUGAUCAAAAGUUUGGAAGACCUCCUUUGUAUAAUUGAGGGGAAACCACGCAAUAUCAAGAUUGAGUAUGCGCAGAAUCUGGCGCAACUUGAAAGUACGUUCCAAACUAAUAAGAAAAAACGAACUGCGGAUCAAGCGUUUGGGAGUGACUAUUUUGAUUACAUCUAUGGUAUUGUGACCACAGGUACGGAGUGGCAUUUUAUCAUAUAUACUCCGGAUGGCAUCUAUUCCACGAGUGGUAGUGAGUACCAGAUCAAUCUUACGAAGUCUGCGAUAAAAGAAAAUCCAGAACUACUUCGUAGUAACGUGAAAAGGGUAAUCGGCAUCAUUGUUGAGUUGUUGAAGGAUCGGAUUAGUGUCGAUAGUUCCCCAGCUAGCAAGAGGGCUAGGAUCAAAAAAAUUAUCAAAAAAUAAUAUGUAUCACGAGCAAAGUCCCGAACAUUUGUGUUUAUUUUUCACAUGUAUUAAUAAAAA